UAUCAUUAUUGUUAUUAUAUUUAUUCUCGUUUCGAGGCGCAUUUUCUCCUCGUCUUAUGCGUGUAAUAUACGCGCAUAUCACCGCCGCCGCUGUUGCGCCCGUCAAUCGGCGCGACCGCAUCUCUGUUCGAUCAAUUCGUUUCGAUAAUAUCAUAAUAAUACCACCGGUGUUAAGACGUCGGUUUUCGCGUGGUUGAGUGCCGCGUGGAUACAUAUAUACAUAAUAUUUAUAGCAAUCGAGACGAACGACUUUUGUGCUUUUAAGAGUUUUGUGUUUCAUUUAUACCGACCAAUGACCAGUGUCACGUGUAUAUAGUUCGUUACACCUGUACACCAACACCCAGCAACGAUCGACGAAGACCACGAUGUUUGGACUUACGACUGUAUUUCAUUAAUCAUUAAUCAUUGUACAAUAUUAUCACAUGGAUAUUUUGCGUAGAAUGCGCUUGUAAUAUUGAUUUUACUGCUCGAAACCGUCGCCACUGCCAAUCAAAACUCUGCUUCCUACGUCACCGGUUUUUUAGAAUGAAGAGUGGGGCUUCCACCUGAAAUCACCGGACUCCACUCUCAACGGAAUCCACGAUACGCAGAAACCUCCGUCAAUCGUACGAGCUAAAAUUCAAUCACAUUAAAACAUCUGCCAAGUAUUGGAUGUUUGAUAAGAUCUGUUUCCAAAUGCCCCCUUUGAGCGUCUGUAUAUAUUAAGUACGAAAAACCGACAAAAUAAUAUAUUAUAUCGACAAAUUCAGAAAAGAACCAAUCUGAAAUUUUGAGCAAAUAUGAUAAUUCAAAUCAGAUCUGUGGUAUUAAAAUGAGAAGAAUCAACCGUCGGUUGGUUUUGUUAUCGAUCGUAUUCGUGUGUGACGUAGUUAAUGUUUUCGGGAGACCACAAGAGCCAAGCACAGUUAGCAGCACAUUAAAAGAUGAUCUUGUUAACAGGAAAGAUGCUGUGGCAACGCCAAUCGUUGUGUUUGCAGAGACAGCUAUCAAUGCAGGGGAUGCUCGGGCCCAUACUACUAAGCCACCGCUGAUGGAUGAUUCUGUGAAGUCAGUUAGUGAUCAACUUCUUCAAACAUCGACAUCUAGCAGUAUAGUUGUAUCUUCAGAAGUUAGAACAGUUCAAAAAAAUGAAUCACCUUUAAAAGGAGAAGCGGUGCCUGUACUAACUGAUGAAGAUGUACAUGCUGUAGGCCCAUACAAUUACAAAAUAUCAUCAGAUGGAUCCACAAGACCAACAGGAGAUUUGUCAACUUGGAUUCUAUUGGGUGGCGAAUCUUCACCAGCACCAUUAAAUAUGGCCACAAUUAAAAAAGUACCUAAACCAGCUGAUGCAACUACUUCUUCACUUUUACAGUCGUAUGAAACAAGCACUACAAGAAAAAGGAAGCCUACAACUGAAAAAAUGACUACAGCUCAUUCUACUACAGUCACUGAAUCCCCGAUCAAGUUACAAGAUUCAAAGUUUAAAAAUAAAACGCCAGUCAUUGUUGGAAAAAUACCUACUACAACUACAGUUAAAGAUAAAGUUGAAGAAGUAACCACUCCUCUUCCUGAAUUACCACCCCUGGACAAUAAUACGAGAUUUGGAACUCCUGUUGUCACAUUUCCUCAUGUACCACCUAGACAGAGACCCUCAGCAAAUAAUACAAAAAAAACAGAAAAACCUUUAACAACAAAAAUAACUUCUACAGCCGUUGUUAUUUCCAAGCCUUUAAAUAACACAAUGUCAGUGUCUUCUACUACUGCGCCCACGGUUACUAUUACUACAUCAUCUUCUUCUACAACAGUUUCAAAUCUAAAUGUAACAGAAAUUGCAGAUAAAUUCACAGAAUCGAGUAAUUCUACUACACAAAAUACUUCAUUAAAAAAGAAAAAAAAGAAGAAGAACAAGAAUAAGCGUAAGCCAGUUAAAGUUUCUAAUGAUGACGCUCAAAGUAAAAUCGAUGAACAGAGUACUAAAAUAACUCCAGGUCGACCAUUAUCGACUCGAAUAUAUAAUUAUUUGGCUCGUGAAGUUAUGCCCAAUGUGGGAGUCGGUUUAGUUGGCUUGAUGUUGACUGCUGGUUUAGCAGGAUUACUCUUAUAUUCGCCAUUAGGAGGAGCUGCUAUACCUUUGGUACCAUUAAGACGCACUGAUUCUCACGUACAUGGUCAUAGUCAUGGGCAUGGUCCUGGUUAUGUUCCUCCUGAAACUGACAACUCACAGCCAGAAGAACAAGUGUUUGGUCAAGUGCUAUCUGGAAUGUCUUAUGGUCAUAAUCCGUAUGGUAGAGAACGUCCUGACGCAGUUCCUAAGUACAAGUCAUCUUAUCAACUAUCUGAAUACCCUGCCGUUCAUGAUGUACCAAAAUACAAUUCCCAUGACACCAAUAAAUAUUCUGCUCAUGAUGUAACUAAAUAUGUUGCAGCAGCCGAUACAACUAAAUAUUCUACACACGACGGAACCAAAUAUGCAGUUGUUGAAAGUACUAAAUAUUCAGCCCCCGACACUAAUAAAUAUUCGGCUCCAGAUGCAUCGAAGUAUUCAACAAUUGACGUAAGUGCUACUCAGGAUAAGGUACCAUAUACUCCUUUAGAUGCAUCUGAAGGACCAGCAUUUGAACAAACACAAGACAGCCAAGAUGAUACUUACCAAAAUCACCAUUAUGAUGAACUCAAGUUUGAUUCGUCCAACGCUUACGAUCAACCUAAGUAUCAGAGUACUUCACAGGUGAAAGGAGUGUAUAAAGAAGAUCAACCUUCUUUUGAAGUAUCAAAGUAUCCAGGAUAUGUUCAAGAUGUACCUAAAGAAGAAACUGUAGCUGUAAAUUAUAAUUUUGAGAAUCACCGAACAGAUGAAAAAGAAAGUUCUACCGCGGCAUCAUCAGAUCCAACGUUUUCUGCAUUACAGGGUAUUCCAAAAUUUUAUGAACAAAGUGUGAACCCUGAACAAAUAUCUGUUAAUGUACACCAAACUAUGAAGAUGGAACACGGACCUCGAAGUUUAAGAAUAAGGCGUCAAGUAGACGAACAUAAUGAAAUUGAUGCCCAAUUACCAGAUGAAACUACAGUAAAGCCUACCGAAAAAACUGUCGAUAAGAGUACGGAAAAUCAAACAACUGAUGAUAUCACUUCUUCUACAACAACAUCUACGUCAACAGUGUCAACCAAAAUACCUGACUCGUCAGAAUUACCUACUGUGAAUAACAACCAAUUUUCAUUAAUAGAUCUUUUAAGAAGAGUAGCUGAAGUCAAACUGAAAAUGGGAAUUGAAAUCCUAAAAAACACAGCAGCUAGUUUCACACAAUAUGUAAAUGCUAUUCAGAGAAAAAUGACACACAUGGUUAGGAAUCUACAAAAGUCAAACGAUAGACAACAGUCAGAGAACAAACAGGAAAAAAAUGUCAAACCAGAUUCAAAUGUAUCCGAUGAGAAACGACAACGAAGAUCAAUUAGACAUAGGAUUUAUUCAAAUUAGUUACUUUUAAGUGGAGUUAAAAUAAGUUUGGUGAUAUGAUGGGAAUGUACAAUGAACUGGGGAAUUUCUCUUAUAAUAUUUUCAAGACUAAAAACUUUAGCUAAAAAAUGUCCAUACAACGAUCUAUGGGUUUUUUUUAGGAUCAAGUUUUGGGAUCUACAAACAUAUUGUAAAUUGAAUUGAUUUGUAAUAUGUUUUUGAGAGAAAAUAAAAUAAUAUGUAUUUGUAUUAAAUGUAUUAAAUACAUAUUGUAAGCUUAAGUGAUUGGUACAUUGCUACUAUUGUAUAGCACAUAAUAUGUACCUGUCUAUGUAAAUAUUAAUUUAAAUUUUAUAUUUUUUUAUACGUAACAAUAUACAGUGUUUUAUUUAUCGAA